GAGCUCCUGCUGCGUUUGUGAGUGACCUUGCGUCUCCUGCAGCUUGAGGAGGAUGGAGGGGGAAGGGGGUGUGUUGGGAAUUGAAACCCAAGAGUUUUGCUGUGCUCACUGAUUUAAAACCAGGAAGUAAAAACUACAUGAGAGUUGUUUGUGGUACUUCUUCUGGUUCCCUAUGACCUUCUGAAAUCCUAUCCAGAAUGUAUUUAUUAUUAAUGUUUCUCGUUAAUGGAAUCAUUAUUUUCUCUGGGGUUAAUUCCGCUUAUGAGUCAGUACCUAGAUUACUCCUGGUAUCUUUUGAUGGCUUCAGGGCUGAUUAUCUGAAGAAAUACAAACUUCCACAUCUCCAGGAAUUUAUUAAGGACGGUGUUUUAGUAGAACAAGUUAUUAAUGUUUUCAUCACAAAAACAUUUCCAAAUCAUUACAGUAUAGUUACAGGGCUAUACGAAGAAAGCCAUGGUAUUGUAGCAAAUGAAAUGUUUGAUGUUGUUACAAAGAAAAGGUUUUCUCAGUUCAAUGACACAGAUCCUUUCUGGUGGAAUGAGGCAAUUCCUAUUUGGCUGACCAACCAGUGGCAGGAAAAUAAAACAAGUGCUUCUGCAAUGUGGCCUGGCACUGAUGUAAAAAUUCACAACACUACGCCUCACUUUUUUAUGCAAUAUAAUGCUUCAGUAAGUUUCAAGGAACGAGUAGAAAACAUAAUCACAUGGCUGAACAAUUCUAACCCAGCAGUCACUUUUGCUACUCUUUAUUGGGAAGAGCCAGAUAAAAGUGGACACAAAUAUGGGCCGGAAGAUACUAAAAACAUGAAUAAAGUAUUGCAACAAGUGGAUGAACUUAUUGGCUUUUUGGUUCAGAAGCUUAAGUUUUCAAAAUUGUGGGAUGAAAUUAACAUUAUAAUUACAAGUGACCAUGGCAUGGCACAGUGUUCCCAGGACAGGUUGAUCAAACUGGAUAAGUGCAUCGACCGAGGGAGCUACGUGCUGAUAGACAGGAGUCCAGUUGCUGCAGUACUGCCACACAAUAAAGAAUAUGUAUAUAACUUAAUGAAAAACUGCAGUCCUCAUAUGAAGGUUUAUCUUAAAGAAGAAAUCCCAGACCGGUAUCAUUACCACCACAAUGCACGCAUUCAACCAAUAAUUUUGGUUGCUGAUGAAGGCUGGACUAUUGUACAAAAUGAGACCCUCCCAAAGUUAGGAGACCAUGGAUAUGAUGAUUCUCUCCCAAGUAUGCACCCAUUUUUGGCAGCUCAUGGACCCGUUUUUCGCAAAGGUCACACGCAGAAGACAAUUCGUACUGUUGAUAUUUAUCCAAUGAUGUGCCACAUCCUAGGUUUGACACCUCAGCCUAAUAAUGGGAGCUUGAGCAAUGCAAAGUGUUUGUUAGCUGAUCAGUGGUGCAUAAAUGUCCCUGAAGCCAUUGGAAUAGUGAUUGGUGUCUUUAUGGUAUUAACUACUUUGACAUGCCUCAUAAUAAUCAUGAAGAACCGAACACCGUCACUGCGUCCAUUUUCACGACUUCAGCUUCAGGAGGAGGAUGAUGAUCCUUUAAUUGGAUAACAUGUGCUGACUUUUGUCUGGAAAACUUGGCAUAAUGCCUUAAAAUUACACUGGAUGACACCUUACUGUAUGUUUAAUAAAGAUCCACCCAGAAUGUCACAGAGGAAGUCUGGUCUCUCCAAAAAGACAAAUGUUGAGCAGCAUCUGUUUUCUGCUUUGAAAUAUGUUAUAUAAGUGUUGAGCACUUAUUUAAGAAAGUGACAAGAAUAAGGAUAAUUAAUUAUUUAUAGAUUUAUAGAUUGUAGUGUUUGCAUGCACUUUAUAAAGGACUCCUUAGCGAAACCUCUGCAUCUCCUGAAAUUGGAUGAAAACAAUUCUGUACAGUAAAGAGGUUUUGUAGCUGAUGUUUGUGAAAAUUGUUACGUCAUUUUCUUAUAUUUAUCGUAUUUCUGUAAAAAAAAUGUUUGAGGGAAAAGGGUUGCAAGUAUAAAUUUUUAAAAUUAGAGCCUUCUAGAAGCAAGAUGCCUUGGUUCUACUGCUUAGCACUGUAAAUAUGAUAUUGAUCUCUGCAAAGUGAAAAUACAACUUAACUUCCAUUCUGGAAAAAUAUUAGGGUUGAAACAAAAGAAAUAGAAUGCCAAGCUGCUUAAUUAACUUUGCCCCAGAUCAGUAUUUUUUAAGAACCACUGACUGCUUUUCUUCCAUAACUGUAGGCUGCAUUGUGAUUAUACGUUAGUUCUUACUUGUGGUUGCAUUAAUAAACAUCCAGAAUAAAUCAUGAGAUUAGCAGAAGCAGUGAAAUCCAGUGCUCUGGGAACCAAGAAAAACAAUUUCUCCUAAGUUAUGUUCUUAAGUAUUUGGUUUAUUUCUCUUGCAUAUAAAUUGUAAAUUCAAAACUAUUUUUAAAAUAGUUUUCUUGAGUGACACUGCUGACACAACUGUAAGCAAGAGUCACUGUCAGUGGACUAGAAUGUUGAGUAUGCUUUUGAGUUCUGUAGAAGGAAAACAGCCUUUAAAUCCUUCCUAUGAGUUUGUCAGCGUUAACAUCCAUGUUCCAUAUAUUAAGGAUAUGCGUAGCUAUGUUACACAAACUUGCUAAUACCUCAGGGAUUACACCAGGUUUUAACCCUUGUAAUAUAGCUUCCAGGAUAUCGGAAGCAGUAAGGCAAAAGAAGACAUCUUUUGCAUUUGAUACGCUGUUUAGUUAAUUCUGUCAGGAAAUUCAGCAAAGGAUUUGAUGAACUGCUAUUCAUUUUGUUAAAAAUACCAAUUAUUCAGUGAAUAUCUAUUACCUGUUUUCUAUUCAUUUCUCCAAAAUGUUACAACAGUCAGUUUACUUCAGUCUUCCCAACCUGCUGCCCUCCAAACGUGCUGGACUACAACUGCCACAAUCCCCAGCCAAUACCAGGAUCCUGGGUGAGGGAAGGUGGAGCUAGCUCCUAAGGAUGCGGCACACUCUAGUUGUCAUCUUUGUGGACAGCUACCUGGAUUAUAUAGCAAGGAUACAAAUGAAGCAAUGAAGGGGAAAAGAAAUUCUAGCUGUGAAGCACAUGCUGCAUUAUUUGUUUAAAGGGCUUCUGUGUUUAACUGGAUAUUUAUAUGACCUGCAGGUUUUAUGGAAAAAUAUUUUCUUUAUGAAUUAAAAAUAGUAUUUUA